AUGAAAGAAUUAUCAUGCCUUAUUCACGAUUACAAUCAGUCGAAAUACGGUGUGGACGUUAUUGAUCAAUGUGUUGGAACGUAUUCUGUUCAAAGAAUUAGUCGACGAUGGCCGCUAAUUGUCUUUUAUAACAUGAUUGACUUAGCUGCAAUCAACAGUAUGACUCUGUGGUUAUCUCAAUAUCCAAAGUGGAAUCAAAGAAAAUCUAAUACUCGUCGUAUAUUUUUAUCACAAUUGAGCACAGAUUUGACUGUUCCACAAAAUCAACGUUGUAGUCAAGAAUCUCGACUGAUGCCGAAGGUCAAAUUGGCUUUAUUAUCUCUUGGAUAUCAAGUUCCUUCGGGAAUCGUAAUAGAUCUUAAUGUUAAUGCUCAUACAAAUCGAAUAAAACGAAGAUGUUACUUGUGUCCUGCAAAACCUGGACGAAAAGUCCGACAAAUCUGUGAUAAUUGUGGGGCUCCUUGUCUAAUAUGUGAAAAGAAGAACUAA